GGCUUCCGUAGUUAGCCAUCACCCAGGGAAGGAUGGCCGGCUGGCUGUGGCUCCGCUGCCUUCUUGGGCCUAAUCUACAUAGAGUUCACCGUCCACCGGAACAGCCCCGACCCGAGGGCAGGGCAGGAAGGCGGGGCUGGGAUUACCAACCUAGAAGUUUGGAAAGACACACGGACAGUAUCCUCGGUUGGGCCUUGGCGCUGUGGUCCCUGUCUUACUACAGUUCACCUCUCAUUCUCUGCUAUCUCUACAGGAAAGGCUACAUCUGCAGCAGUAAGCUGGUUCCACUUAGCCAGUACGUGGGCACGGCGUUGGUCUGCUUGCUGGGCGUAGCAUGUUUGAGAGGCUGGGGUCGCUGGAGAAACUCUGAGUAUCUUCAGUUUAUCACCAUUCUGGAGGAGACCAGGAAAAACCGCACACCUAGCAACAAGAGAAAACUUGCCAGCUACGACUUUGACUUCUCACACUGGCCAGCAGAUUUCAGCUGGAAAGAAGUCAGCAAUCCGAAGUUAUCAAAGGCAGGCGUGUCCUUGCUGAAGCCUGAGCCCAAGCACAGAGGGGCAACAGACAGUCUGCUCAGUUCAGUACGAACACUGCCAUGCCAUGUUAUCAGCUACCUCAUCGCGCACUCAUUCGGGCGGAGGAUGCUGUACCCGGGCUCUGUGGGGCUGCUCCAGAAGGCCAUGAGGCCCAUGCUGCUCCAGGGUCAGGCCAGGCUCAUCGAGGAGUACUACGGCCAGAGGAACAAGCUGGUGGCGUGUGACGGCAAUGAAAUCGACAGCAUGUUUGUGGACCGCCGGGGAGACAGGGGACCAAACGGCAAAACUCUGGUGAUCUGCUGUGAGGGAAAUGCUGGUUUCUACGAGGUGGGCUGCAUGAACACUCCACUGGACGGUGGCUACUCCGUCCUGGGCUGGAACCAUCCCGGCUUCGCGGGCAGCACGGGCGUGCCAUUCCCUCAGAAUGAGGCCAAUGCCAUGGAUGUAGUGAUUCAGUUUGCUGUGCACAAGCUGGGCUUUCAGAUGAGUGACAUUGUGGUGUAUGCCUGGUCAAUAGGAGGCUUUACAGCCAGUUGGGCAGUGAUGUCAUACCCUGAGAUCCAAGCGGUGGUUCUGGAUGCCUCAUUUGACGACCUCUUGCCCCUGGCCCUGAAGGUCAUGCCAGACAGCUGGAGACCACUGGUGACCCACACAGUUAGGAAGUACAUGAACUUGAACAAUGCAGAGCAGCUUUGCAAGUACCAGGGACCCGUGCUGUUGAUCCGAAGAACCAAAGAUGAAAUCAUCACGACCAUGGGACCAGAGGACAUCAUGUCCAACAGAGGCAACAACCUUCUGCUCAGACUGCUUCAGUACAGGUAUCCUAAAGUCAUGACCGAGGACAGCGUCCGGGCGGUCAGGCAGUGGCUCUCGGCUGGCUCGCAGGUGGAGGAAGAGUUCGUGUACAGUAGCUACGAGGUGGACGGAGACUGGUGCCUGUCCGUGCUCCAGUCCUAUCAGGCCGAGGGGGAGACGCCUUUCCCCUGGAGUGUCGGUGAGGACAUGACGGCAGAAGGCAGACGGCAGCUCGCACUAUUCCUGGCCCGGAAGUACAUGAGGAACUUUGAGACGACACAUUGCACUCCACUCCCCAUUGCGGAGUUCCACACUCCCUGGAAGCUGUAGCAACCGUGGGAGGAAUGAGGGGGAGAGAGAAAGAAUCUCAGAAGCACAGAAAGCCUUCGGCAGGAAAUUUGGCGUCAGUCCCGGUCGCUGAGAUCGUGGUUUUUUGGGUGUCUGCAUGGUUUGGUACUUGUCUGGUGUUUUUGUUUGCUUGGUUUUGUUUUAAACUUUUUUUUUUUUAACCAGUUUGACUCAAAACCUCCGUUGUGGUUGGCUGACGUGUCUAAGGUUCUUGAAGGAAGCCUCCCGCCUAGUCUUCGUUCUCUCUGGUAGAACGGCGCAUUCCCGAAGGGUUCGCCCAAUCCCUUUAGUCUCCUCCUGCUCCAUAAUUUUUCCUCCUCCGUUUUGUGAGCGUUCAUGAACCCAACUGGAACCCUAAAAUAAUGCCCUGGAUGUUAAAGUAUUAAUUAUGCAUAAUAAAAAAGGAUGUGAGACUAUG